AGUAAGAAACUAUAGGCCUACAAGUUCCUCGAUGGCACAUAUGAGAUGCCCAGAACAUUUCUGUCCAAUAAACAGUAUGCCCUUGAUAAACAGACUGAACUUUGCAGUGUCCCAAAGAAGUUUAAGUGCUGCCUUGACAAGAUCCCCAGGGGCUUCUGAGCACCUCCUGGCCAGUAGUGUAUUCUGGGAUGUCAAAAUUACCUCUUACACAAUUACCUCCAAUGUAUUCUAGAUGUGAUCGUCUUUUUGAAAGAGAUCCACGUUCAUUAUCAGUCACCUCAGAGCACCUGCAUUCGGGCCUUUAAGUGCAAGUAGGAUCCAGAAUCCUGGAAGUGUCAUUAAGUCUAUGAUCGAGGUCCAAGCGUUUAGUAACCCUAGGCAAGGUAACCCAGAGGCCUUGGACCUAAGGGCGGCCAUCGAAGCCUGAAAGCCUAAUCAGUCCUCGAGGCCAGCGGCCAUGUCCACCUGAGACUCAGGGGUGCAGAGCAUCAGGCACUGAAGAAGACGCCUCGGCUCCGGCUACGCAUGCGCGGGCGUCCAUAGAGGGCCCCGGUAAUCCAGGCUGCGCAUGCGCAAGAGCGGCUCCCGGCUAGUCCCGACGGCGGCGGCGGCUACUGAGGGGCCGGGGCGUGGAGUAGCGGUGGCGGCGGCGGGCAGCAACGGAGCAGCCAUGAGGGCCGGGCCCAGUCACCGACAUGUGAGUGACUGCCUCAUGUUGUGUUGAUGCCAGUCUGCCAUGCUAGCCUGUCUGCCAGGGCCAGGUGACCUGUCCUUUCAGCUUCUUCCUCACACGCAGAUGAACACUGGACUUCAGAAAUGGGACACUACACAGAAAAUGAGAGCUGCUCACUAUCCUACCCCAGCCGAAUUGGACGCGUAUGCUAAGAAGGUCGCAAACAACCCACUGACUAUAAAAAUCUUCCCCAACAGUGUGAAGGUUCCCCAGCGGAAACACGUUCGUCGUACUGUGAACGGCCUCGACACAUCAGCCCAGCGCUACAGCCCCUACCCGACUCAGGCAGCCACCAAGGCAGGCCUGCUUGCCAUUGUCAAAGUGCCAGCCAAAAGCAUACUCAAGGACUUUGACGGCACCCGAGCCCGAUUGCUCCCUGAGGCCAUCAUGAACCCCCCAGUGGCGCCCUAUGCUACUGUGGCACCCAGCACUUUAGCCCACCCCCAGGCCCAGGCUCUGGCCCGCCAGCAGGCCCUGCAGCAUGCACAGACCCUGGCCCAUGCCCCUCCCCAGACGCUGCAGCACCCUCAGGGUAUCCCGCCACCCCAGGCGCUGUCCCACCCUCAGAGCCUCCAGCAGCCUCAGGGCCUGGGCCACCCUCAGCCCAUGGCCCAAACCCAGGGCUUGGUCCACCCUCAGGCCCUGUCUCACCAGGGUCUCCAGCACCCCCCCAAUCCCUUGCUGCAUGGAGGCCGGAAGAUGCCAGACUCAGAUGCCCCCCCGAAUGUGACCGUGUCUACCUCAACUAUCCCCCUUUCAAUGGCGGCCACCCUGCAGCACAGCCAGCCCCCGGACCUGAGCAGCAUCGUGCACCAGAUCAACCAGUUUUGCCAGACGAGGGCAGGCAUCAGCACUACCUCAGUGUGUGAGGGCCAGAUCGCCAACCCCAGCCCCAUUAGUCGCAGUCUGCUCAUCAAUGCAAGCACCCGGGUGUCGACCCACAGCGUCCCCACGCCAAUGCCUUCAUGUGUGGUCAAUCCCAUGGAGCACACCCACGCGGCCACAGCCGCGUUGCCUGCCGCAGGCCCUGUCAACCUGCCCACGGGCAUUUCUCGAGCCCCUGCUGGCUACCCUAGCGACCUCAAGCCAGUCGCCUGGAACCAGCACCAGCUGGCCCACCUACAGCAGAUGUGCAGUGAGGCCGGUGGGACGCCGGCCCCUGGCCUGACAGGCAAGCACGCAGCAGGACGCGAGUUGGCAGGGCCUGGCUUUGUGGGCAAGGCCCCUGCCUACCCGCAGGAACUCUGCCUGGCACAGUCCUUCCAUCUGAAGCCACCCCUGGAGAAGCCAACCCCAUCCCCACCUGUCAACGGCCUGGCGGCCCCACUGGCCUACCCCAAUGGUCACUACUUCCAACCCCUGUGGAACAACAUUCUGCCCACUCCCAAUAGCGACAGCUCGGGGUCUCAGGACCUCGCCAUGCCGUUCCACGGUGGGCAGCCCACGGGUGCACCCCUUGACUGUGGGACGGCUGCUGGGGCCCACUACCGAGCAGGGGCCGGGGGCGGUCCAGUGGCAACCCAGAACAGCUUGAUGCAAACAGUGGAUUACCUAAGCGGGGAUUUCCAGCAGGCCUGCUUUCGAGAACAGAGCCUGGCUAUGCUGAGCAAGGCCCACCGAGCCCCUGGCAACCGAGCCCCUGAUCCCGCAGAUAGUCGAAAUCUUCAUAUUCAGCACCCUGGGUAUAGAUAGGUAGCCCCGGUGCCCUCCACAAGCUACACGUCAUACAUCACCCUCCUAGGUUUAGACUUACUUUUGAGUAAUUGGAUAGUUUCAGAGUUUCGCUGCUCCAAUGUGAUCAUUCUUAGAGGUCUAAGGGAAUUUGGUGGGAUCUAUUUGAGGACAGCGGGGGAUCCCCUGGUGCCCUCACCCUCCCCUCCACCAUCCCCAGCAACUUCUGGGUUUGUGUUAGGACCUAAUCCCAACUCCAAGCUUUUGUCUCUACUGCCUAUCAGUCCCUCCACCUUGACCAUUUCCCCCCAGCCACCUCCUGCCUUUUCUUGCAUCUCUGCCCGUUUUCCUUAGGACUGAGGUGUGGGGUAAGGAAGGGCCCUAGGUGAGGUGGCCGUAGGUACCCAGCCCCUUAAGCUAGGACUUUCCCUGUCUGCCUCUGUCUCUUUGGGACUAAGAACCCAGACUUCCCAAGUGCUCUGGAAGUUAAUUCCUUCUUCACCCAAAGAUCUCAAAACUGACCCAAUCUUCACCUCCUCCCACCCCUCUCCAUUCCUCAGGGCUUUGUUUAAAUCUGGAUUCCAGAGUCACUGCAUUUGCCCUUGCUACAUUCAAGGGCACCCUGUAGGCACUUGGCCAUAGCCUUGAGACCUGGGGGGAAAAUGCGUCUUUGUGUUGGUAUCUUAGUUCCUGACACCCCUUUCCAGCCCUAGAGAAAGGUAGUAACUGUCCAGCACACCCAAGAUCCCUUUCUCACUGUUGUCUCUCUCCCAACUCACCUGCUGCUCCCAUCCCCCACACCCCUCCAAAAACACAAGCAAAACAAAAUAGGAUCUUGAGGAAUUAAGUAGGUAAAGAAAGGAUGAUCACAUUGGAGUUCGGAAUUAAAAACACCAAAAAAAAAAAAAAAA